AAAGGUUUCUCUCUGGAUCUGAUGUAUUUGUGAUUUGAGCAGGAAGGGGGGAUUGAGCGCUUGCACUUCAGUCAUGUGGAAGGAAGUCGUCACUUUCCUGUCGUUCGGAAAGUUCAUGGGGGGAUUUUUCUUCCAUGGCUGGGGUGGCGAUGGCAGGGAGGAACAGCUGCUGGAGUAUGUGCUCAAAAACGCGGAACGAGGUAACCCCCAGUCGGUUAUACAGGCUGUGGACGAAUUUGCACGCUCCGGCACCUGGUUUAUGAACGUUGGAGAGGAAAAGGGCCGCAUUUUGGACUCGUCAAUCGCCAAGAAGAAUCCUCAGCUCCUUCUCGAGCUCGGGACUUACUGUGGCUACUCGGCUGUGAGAAUGGCAGCAAAUCUCAAACACCCCGACAGCAAGCUGAUCUCGCUGGAGCUCACUCCUCACAUCGCUGACAUCGCUAGAAGGAUCAUCGACCACGCAGGGCUUUCGUCCAAAGUGGAGGUGCUGCUGGCGCCACUGAGCCGUCAGAUCGACACCAUAAAGUCGACUCUGGCCAAGACGAACGGGCAGUGCUUCGAUUUCGUGUUCGUGGAUCACGAUAAAGACUUGUACUUGCCGGACUACUUGCUGCUCAAGGAGAAGGGUCUCAUCGACGAAGGGAGCGUGAUCUUCGCGGACAACAUGGGAUUCCCAGGCUCUCCAAAGUUCUGGAGCUACAUCCAAUCGCAUCCCCAGGAGCUGGAGACCGAGGUCCACAAAUCUGCCGUGGAGUACAUUAGUUGGAUCCGCGACACAGUGACAGUCUCUACGUUCCACAAGCUCUAAGAGUCGAUAGCUAGUCAAAUAAUAGUCAACUAAGUCAAAUUAAUUUACAGUCCACCAAAAGAGUCAA